AUGCAAUAAAACAUAGUGUUUGAUAUCUCUUCAGAGAAUAGCUCAUCAUCAGAUGAAGAUGAGUUCAUAAAAAUUGAUUAAUAAAAUAGCUCAGUAAUUUAUAUUUCAAAGACUAAUAGAUUAUAAGUGUAAGAGCUCCUAAUUUAUUUGACAGUGAUACUCCUCAAGAAUUCCAAUAAAUUCAAGUUGAUACACAUUCAACGAGAAAAUAACACACUGUCACUUUUGAUACUCUGAAUACUAAUGAAGGUGAAAGAAGAUAAUUAAAUAAAUGGAAUUUAUAAGAAAAAGAAAAUAAAAAUUAUAAUUCAUUUACAAUCAAAACAGAAUUGACAGAAAAAGGUAGAAUGAAUAGUAAAAAGAAUAUUAAUGAAAGUGUUGAGUAUUUACAAAAUCAAAAAUUUAGUUAAAAAUAAUAACAUAAGUUUAAUUAAUGUAUGUAGUUGUUAUUAAUAAUAAUCUAGACAAAAAACCUUAUUAACCAAAAAGAGUAGCUAAUGUCAAUUAUUCUUCAAUUGAUAAUUUUCAGAAUUAAUCUAUGGCAUAAGAAUUAUUAGAAUUGGAUUUACCUGCUCUUAUUUCAUAAAUUACAAAUAAGAGACGAGUUAAUAAUAAUAAUAAUAGUUUUCAUAAUCAUCAUAAUAAUUCUUUCUAUAAUUCAAAUCCCAAGUAAUAUUAUUAUAGUAUAAGAUAGCUAGACCCUAAAUAACUUAAAAAUAAGGCUGUAUUAUUCGAUAAUCAUUUAAUAAAUAAGGUUCUUAAGUGGAAAUACCUAUUGUACAAUAAACAAGAGAAAGAUCAAUUACAAUGAUUUUAAGAUAACCUGGAAAGAUUGUAAAUUAAAAAUAGUUAAAAAGUAAUAGCAUUGCUUUAAGAAAAUGA